AUGUGGCAAAAACAUAGCACUGUAGUGAGACAGCGUGCAAAUACAAACCGGCAAGAUGAUGCCUUAAAAGGAGGCUACAGCAUUUCAGAAAAUUACUUCAUUUCUUUGCCAUUUUUUUGCACAGGAGACUUUGGCUUCUCUGGCCCCGCAGUGCGAGGUUCACAGAACAAUGACACUAAAAGACAGUUUCUUCUAGAACGGCUACUGGAUGCAGUUAAGCAGUGUCAAAUACGAUUUGGGGGAAGAAAAGAAAUUGCUUCAGACUCUGAUAGCAGAGUCACUUGUUUGUGCGCUCAGUUUGAAGCUGUGUUACAGCACGGUCUGAGGAGGAGCCGAGGAUUAGCAUUAACAGCAGCAGCGAUCAAACAAGCAGCAGGUUUCUCCAGUAAAACUGAAACAGAGCCAGUGUUUUGGUACUAUGUGAAAGAAGUUCUGAAUAAGCAUGAACUGCAGCGCUUUUACUCUCUGAAGACAAUUACUACAGAUAUUGGUAGAGGUCGGGCUUGGUUGCGCUGUGCAUUAAAUGAACAUUCCCUGGAAAGAUAUGUUCAUAUGCUGCUUGCAGAUAAGAAUCGACUCAGUGUCUUCUAUGAAGACUGGUCUUUUAUGAUGGAUGAAGAACGUUCUAGUAUGAUCCCUACGAUGGCAGCUGGUCUGAACUCCAUUCUUUUUGCCAUCAACAUUGAUAAUAAGGAUUUAAAUGGGCAGAGCAAAUGCAUACCCACCGUGUCGGAUUUGUUAAAGGAAUCAACGCAAAAUGUAACCUCGUUAUUGAAAGAAUCCACUCAGGGUGUUAGCAGCCUUCUUAGAGAAAUAACUGCAUCAUCUGCUGUCUCGAUUCUAAUAAAACCUGAUCAAGACACUGACCCGCUUCCUGUUCUCUCAAGGAAUGUAAAUGCUGAUUUGAAAUAUAAAAAAGAUCGAAAAAAGAAGAAGAGAGUGACAAAUAUUAUUUCAUUUGAUGAAGAGGAAGAUGAGCAAAAUUUGGGGGAUGCCACAAAGACUUUGAUUACAGGAGAAAGUUCAGAGGAGAGUGUAGACAAAUCUUCAGUUCUUGUAUUAUCCUCAUCUGAAAGCACUCUUGGAAAAAAUUUGAAUGGAAGUGAAAGUAACCAUUCGUGGAAGAGCAAUUCGGUAUUCAUGAAUGGAGAGUAUGAAUACCAGAAACUAGAUGUGAAGAGCAUUGAUGAUGAAGAUGUGGAUGAGGAUGAGCUAUGUGGGAAAAUGUUAGGAAAUAAAGGCGUAGAAGGUGAAACUGAAGCUUCUGAAAAGCCUCAUGAAAUAGGCACAUGCAAUUCUCAGAUAUGCAGUUGGACUCCUUUGCAGGUCCUGAAUGAUGACUCAGAUGUUCUAUUUCCUGUCAGUGCUGUUGGCUCUUACUCCCAAACAGAUAACUUGGAGAAUGGAGAGGGACAUGAACACGUUGUUCAUGCGGUAGAACUGGUUCCAAGAAUAUCUGAUCUUCCUUACAGAGUGGAAGUCAGUCCUCCAGCUCAAGUGAAUACUUUAAGCAAUAUGUUGCCUUCAACCACUGUGCCAGAAUCCAUGACAAUUAAUGAACUUCGUCAAGCUAUCGUGGCCAUGAUGAAUAGAAAGGAUGAAUUGGAAGAACAGAAUAGAUCUCUGAGAAAUCUGCUUGAUGGAGAGAUGGAGCAUUCUGCAGUGCUAAGGCAGGAAAUGGAAAACUGGAGAAGGAAAGCAGCAGAACAGGAAGAGCGACAUGCCAUGAAAGUCCAAGCUUUGGCACGAGAAAAUGAGGUGCUAAAAGUGCAACUUAAGAAGUAUGUUGGAGCUGUCCAGAUGCUCAGAAGAGAAGGUCAAACAGUGGAAGUUCUGCCAAACAUUUGGAGCAUUGAUGGUGAAUUUACUAUUCCAGAACAAAAGCAAGUAGAAAACAAUGAGGAACUAGCCAGCUCUUACGAAAGAAAAUUGAUUGAGGUAGCUGAAAUGCACGGGGAACUGAUUGAAUUCAAUGAGAGGCUGCACCGUGCUCUGAUGGCUAAAGAAGCUCUUGUGUCCCAGAUGAGACAAGAACUAAUUGAUUUGAGAGGGCCGGUCCCUGGAGAUUUGAGUCAAACAUCUGAAGAUCAGAGUUUGUCAGAUUUUGAAAUAUCAAAUCGUGCUCUUAUUAAUGUUUGGAUUCCCUCAGUCUUUCUGCGUGGAAAAGCUGCUAAUGCAUUCCAUGUUUAUCAGGUUUAUAUUAGGAUAAAGGAUGAUGAGUGGAACGUUUAUCGAAGAUAUGCAGAGUUCAGAAGCUUGCAUCAUAAGUUACAGAAUAAAUACCAGCAAGUGAGGACUUUUAACUUUCCACCAAAAAAGGCCAUUGGAAACAAGGAUGCAAAGUUUGUAGAAGAGCGACGCAAGCAGCUACAAAAUUACCUAAGGAACGUAAUGAACAAAAUUAUUCAAACUGUGCCAGAAUUCACAGCCAAUCCCAAAAAGGAGACUCUUAUUCAGCUGAUGCCCUUUUUUGUUGAUAUUCCGCCUUCUGGAGAACCAGUAAGCAAAAGCAGUCGCUCAAGAGUGACUACACGUUUCCCCAAACUAUCUCGCAGCCAUCAAAGAGAGCCACGAAGCCUGGAACCUCAGAGUGGUGAUCUUUGACCCUUUUUCAUAAUUAUGAAUAUUGACACCACAUACUUUUAAGUUCUGUGAUUCCUUCCUAGCCUAUAUUUAUAAUUUAAGCUCCUGAAGAGACUACAGCUGCAUCAACUUAAAUCCUGAAAAGAGACAUUCAUUACUAAAGGGUCAUAUCCUGAUUAACUACUUUGGAAGGCAGCAAUCACUUUCUCAAAAGAAUAUGAGGGCUCUUCACAAGGGCUCAGCAACCUGAUAGGCAUUUUGUUUUGUAAAGCUGCAUUGCACAUAUUCUUCUUUGUUCUUCUGAAGUUCUCCUGUUACUAUGAAAUCGUUGUUUGUAUUCUGUUGUCUCCCUUUCUACAUGUACAUUUUGCUUUUCCAGAGACAUGGGUAUCAUGUCAAGACAACUUUUUUUUUUUUCUUAGAAGAACAGUUGUGAUUAUCACUACUUAAUAUGUCAGAAAGAUAUGCUUAAAAGAACCUCACUAAUUUAUUACCUUUUGUAAAUAGAAAGACUGGGGGUUUUUUUAGUGUUAACCUCUGACACACACAAAGGUUUUUAAAAAACUUGACAAAGUAGAUGACAAGGGAAAAACAUUACAGGUGGAAAAAAAGCUUUUGUACAUUUCUAGUUAGAUAUUCUCAAUAGCUUUCAUUUGUGGGGAGUACUUCUUUAAAAUCAGAGAAUGUAAUAACUUUUUAGUGAGAUUUCAGUCUUGCUGUAAGGCUGGGUGCAGUAUUAUUGAUUUCUACAAACCACCACGACGAUACACAAAGUUAGCAUGGUACAAAAUACUAUUUUCAAGUCUUGGGUUAUAUGUUGUUAUUAAUUUGUUGCUGAUGUUACAGAACAGUCCAUCAUUAACAGGGCAGUGUGGAAUUCUUACUCUGAUUUUGUAAACCCCUUCACAUGGCGAUACUUGUCUGUAAUGAAAUUGUCUGUAAUGAAAGUGCCUGUUAGCUAUCACCUCUUAUUGAAAAGUAAUUUGUAAUGGUACUACUGUAAGAGUAACUAAAAAAAUUGACAAGAAUUAUUACAAGUGAUGGAAGCCCUGACACGGAUGAACUGGAAUCCAGUUCAGUAUCCAUUAGCUGCACUGCUGUAGGCAGUUAAUUAUAUGUUAGCUAUCUUCUUUUCUUCAUUAAGGUUAAGCAGUGUACAUUUGAAUUUUCUAUCAAUUGUAUUCUGGUUUUCUUUUGUGUAAGAACAUCUUUCUUCUCAGUUCAGAAGUUUUUUGGAUAAUGUUACUUGAUGUAUCUUGUCAUUUUGUUAUCCAUUCAUUAUAUUAAAUUCUCACAUCAGUAGAUAUUGAAAUCUAAUAUUACCCUGCA